AUGUACGUAUCCGUAUUUUUUAGUUUCCUCAAAAUGCCUGGUUCAUCUGAAGUUUGUUCUUGCUUGUUGGAGUUGUUACCUAUCGAUAUUUUUGGUGUACCUCCUGGCUUCAUACGUGGCUCUCUUCGACGUUGCCACAGGAGGAGUAUCGCUAAUCCACAUGUAUCGGUCUUUCUUAUAUUUCAUAUGGCGGAAAAGCAGCCAGUACAAGCAAAAACAGACAUUUUUCUUCUCUGUAGUAGUCGAGGAGAGGAUGGAGAUGGUGCUCGACGAUUUUUCUUCACGGUCUUCCGACGAGUCAGUCGUGUUGAUUAUAACAUCCCCUCUCACCCUCUGAUUUCGGCCCGAUUAUAGCCCUCCCACACCAAACAUCGCCGAACCAGGGAUAUCCAAUCAAAGUUACAUUUUAGUAAACCUGUUGCAGUAAAACCCCCUUACAUCUCAGGACACUCACACCUAGCGAUAACGAACUAAAUCUUUCGAACUUUCACUUGGUGAAAAGUUAUGAAAUGACUGGGAAAUAUGAAUAUCUUUGUUGAACUUGACGAUAUUUCUCUUUGAGCAGCACUGCUCAUCGAAAGUCGCGUAGAUCGUUGCUAGUAUGAUCGACCAACUAAACGUGGUGGAAAAUGGAUCAUUUGGUAUUGUUCAUCACGCGGAGUACAGG